GGAGCCCGGCUCCGCGCCUCCGCUCCCGGAGCUGCUGCCCCACUGCCUGGGGACAGGGACAGCUGUCUCCCGUGGACUCCUUCGGAGAGGGUGCGCCGAGCCAUGGAGGGCGCAGAGCUGGCCGGGAAGAUCCUUUCCACCUGGUUGACGCUGGUGAUCUGCCUCAUCCUCCUGCCUUCGGCCUUCGGGGUGUCUUUGGGCAUCUCUGAGAUGUACAUGAAGAUCUUGGUGAAAACUUUAGAGUGGGCCACAAUACGCAUUGAAAAGGGAGUCUCAAAGGAGUCGGUCCUUAAAAACUCAGCUUCUGUUGGUAUUAUCCAAAGAGAUGAGUCACCCAUGGAAAAAGGGCUCUCUGGUCUGCGAGGAAGGGACUUUGAGCUGUCUGACGUGUUCUAUUUCUCCAAGAAGGGCUUGGAAGCCAUUGUGGAAGAUGAAGUGACCCAGAGGUUCUCCUCAGAGGAGCUAGUGUCGUGGAAUCUCCUCACAAGGACCAAUGUAAAUUUCCAUUACAUCAGUCUGCGGCUCACCAUGGUGUGGGUACUGGGCGUCAUAGUACGCUACUGCGUCCUACUACCCCUGAGGGUUACCUUGGCUUUCAUUGGGAUCAGUUUGUUGGUAUUGGGAACUACACUGGUUGGGCAGCUUCCAGAUGGCAGCCUCAAAAACUGGCUGAGUGAACUGGUUCACCUGACUUGCUGCCGGAUCUGUGUGCGAGCCCUCUCUGGUACCAUUCAUUACCAUAACAAACAGUACAGACCCCAGAAGGGAGGCAUUUGUGUUGCCAACCAUACUUCUCCAAUAGAUGUUUUGAUCUUGACAACAGAUGGAUGCUAUGCUAUGGUUGGCCAGGUUCACGGUGGAUUGAUGGGAAUUAUUCAGAGAGCCAUGGUGAAGGCUUGUCCGCAUGUCUGGUUUGAACGAUCGGAAAUGAAAGAUCGACACCUGGUCACUAAGCGACUAAAAGAACACAUUGCUGAUAAGAAAAAAUUACCCAUAUUAAUCUUUCCUGAAGGGACUUGCAUCAACAAUACUUCAGUCAUGAUGUUUAAAAAGGGAAGCUUUGAAAUUGGAGGAACCAUACAUCCAGUUGCAAUUAAGUAUAACCCUCAGUUUGGGGAUGCAUUUUGGAACAGUAGUAAAUACAACAUGGUGAGCUACCUGCUUCGAAUGAUGACCAGCUGGGCCAUCGUCUGUGACGUGUGGUACAUGCCUCCCAUGACCAGAGAGGAAGGAGAAGAUGCUGUCCAGUUUGCUAACAGGGUUAAGUCUGCUAUUGCUGUGCAAGGAGGAUUGACUGAGCUUCCCUGGGAUGGAGGGCUGAAGAGAGCAAAGGUGAAGGACACCUUUAAGGAAGAGCAGCAGAAGAAUUACAGCAAGAUGAUUGUAGGCAAUGGAUCUCUUUGAAUCAGACUGAAUCCCACCCUGGUGAUAAAAUUUGGCUUACCAGAACCAGCCCCUAGAAAUGGAAUGUGUUGUUUUUGGUGGGGUGAGAGGGAGAGUGGAGUAUUGUUUUGGUUUACUGUUUUUGUUUUUUAAUGUUAAUCUUUUCUAUAGGAUGAAUUGUCUCUACCUCUUUACGCCAGAGGCAGAACCCAUCUGGGGCCCUUUUUGGCUUUUGUUGUCAUAUCAAUAGCCUCAUGAAUUAUAAGGUAGUUUACUGACUUUAAACAGAUUCUGUCUUGUGUAAAAUGAUGAAGUCAUUGUUGAUUGAAUGAAAUAUUUGUACAGGAAAAAGUGCUUCUAAAACACUUUUGGAACUCACUGUGUUUGGAACUUGUUGAUAUGGCAAUUCUCAAAAAAAAAUCCCCCAGGCUCUUUUGAUGAUUUGUUUUCUCACUCCUUCUCACCACCCCGCCCCUCCGCCAAUCACUUAAACAGUGGGAGUACACAUCAGUUCAAGGUUACUGCCAGGGUUGUGUU